UUCUCUGAACAGACUCGGAUCUCUGACAAUAAUAGAAAGUUAAUAGCGAUACGAGCAAUUGUUCUAUUCGUUUCCGAUGUACGACUACUUUUUGAUCGCAGUGGGUGUUUCAACAACAAUUUCUGCAAUUUAUUCCUUCUUCAGGUUUAUAUAUUUGCACUUUCUACUUCGAUUUUUUCACGAUUUCCGUAACGAAUACGGAGAAUGGGCCGUUAUCACCGGCGGAAAUGCCGGCAUCGGACGGAGUUACGCUUUGCAAUUGGCAGAAAAAGGUAUGAACGUAAUCAUCGUCGGCAGAGACCAACAAACUCUGCGAAGUACGGCCGAAGAAAUCGAGAGCACUUAUGGAAAUCGAUGCCUUUACAUCCGAGCCGACUUGUCGGAAGAGGGUGCCGUACGUGACGUGGCACAGGAAUUACAAGGCAAAGACGUAGGAUUAUUCAUCCACAAUGCUGGUUUUUUAGGCAAUUUACCUUGUCUUUUCUUAGACGAAACGACGGAAAACGUGUUAAAAAUAAUCACGUUGCAAGUAACUUCUGUGGUGCAGUUAACUCGUUGCGUUCUACCGUGGAUGCUAACUAAGGAAAAUGGAGCCAUGAUAUUCGUCUCCUCCAUCGCUUCCAUCUUCCCUGUACCACGUUUAAAUGUCUACUCGGCUUCUAAAGCAUUUUGCACCUUCUUUUCCAGAAGUGUUUCCGCAGAACGUCUCGGUAAAGGACUGGACAUUCAGACGCUUAUUCCGUAUUACGUGUCCACCAAUUUGAUCAAAUUCAAAAAAAUCGACGUGAUAAUUCCUAGCAGCGAUCGUUACGUGAGGGAUGCCAUUCGAACUUUAGGAAUUUCCGAUUACACUAGUGGAUAUUGGUUACACGAGAUUUUAAAAUUCCUUGUAGAAAUUCGUCUCACAAUGCUAUGGAAAUGGUUUACGUUAAAAUCGAUGCUCAGAAUAAAGAAACGUUUGCAAAGUAUAAUUAUGUUUCGUGAGAGAGACAAAACUUUUAUUAACUAACAUUUCAAAUAAUUCCAGUGCGAAGACGUUAAGUAAAAGAACUCUUGUAAGCAUUUCGUUAAUAAUACUUUAACUUUUGUAUAUAUA